AACACUGGUAACACACUGCGCAUGGGCGAUCAGGUGCGAGCAGCGUUGGUGCGAGGAACAGUUGUUUAGAUUCUCAUCAUGGGCCGCGUUGAGGCAAUAAUGGCGUAAAUAAGUACCGAAUCCAAAUAUCGACACGUCUUUUUUUUUUUGCAUACUGGUGGUGCGCACUCUUCUUCAGUCGACGAACGCCUCCAACGGAAUAUGGAGAGGGAGAGGGGACAUCAAACGAGAACGGACAGCAAAGGCGAGCCGAAAACUCGGGGCAAAUUUUCUCUUCGAAGGGUGGAAGUCGCAGUGCACAGGAUCGUGGAAGUCGCAAUUCCGUAUCACCUAGACAUCCUUGCAAAACAUCGAGAUAACAUUGAAAAGUUCCAGAAGCUAAAGCAGUGGGACAAACUUCACGUUGAACAAAUCAAUGCCUCCCGUACAGUGCAACAGUUGAAAGCGGACUUGUACGAGCUAGACCAUGUUCGGAGUCAAGUGCAACCAGAAAAUUUGAAGCAGUUCGAGAAACUUGUCUUCCCCAUGCAAGAAGAAGCUCUUCAAAAAGUGCGCACAUUUACAGAUCUGCAUUUACCUUCGAGAUUCCAUGAAGCGGAGGUUUGCACCAUACUAGAAGAGUCUUUGCCUGGCACACCACCAGUUGUACCUCUUCCUGAAGAUCUCACUUGUGAAGCAGCAUCGCCAUCUCUUCCACCCGAAGAUGAGCAGAUGUUUUUGUUGCAAGAGAUUCCUGAUAACACUGCUGCCUACAAGUCUUGGAACUCACUCAGAAAGGAUCUUCUUGAUGUCAGUGGCUUGCUGACAAGCUUUAGGCAACUUGUAUAUGAGCAGCGGGAGCAAGUCCAGAGCAUUGAGGCACACGUGACAGCUGCAGAUGAGAAUGUGCAGCAGGGCACGAAACACCUGAUCCGGGCGUCCCAGCUGCAGAGGACUCUACUGCCUGUGACAGGGGCCCUCCUAGGAUUGGCCCUGGGUGGACCAGUGGGCAUGGUGGUCGGAGCCAAAAUGGCGUUCGGCUGUGCUCUUGGCGGCAGUAUCCUAGGUUUCACAGGAGGCAGGGCCCUGCAGCGAAGAGGACGUCCCAAAGAUGACACUGUUGUGGAGGUGGAGCUGAAGGACCUUUCGACAAAAUCAACACUGUACUCAGACUCUAGACUACCCUCAGAAAUGAGUCGGUCAGCACCGCGAUAAGUAGGCAAGUUGUUCCAAUUAAUUAGAGUGAAAAGACAAUUGUAAAACUGAUUUGAACCUGUACUAUAUACUUAUUAUAUCAGUAAGAAAAGCUGAUUAUAUGGGUUAGCAGUGAUGCACAAAAAAAAAGCCCAAAAAACAUAUUUCUUGAAUGUAUAUGGAGUGUAUUAUCUCCUUCCUUCAGGUGCCACUAUAAUAUGUGUUAAUUUAAUGAACAUCUCUGUCAUUUUGCGUAACUGGUGAUUUUGCGCAACUGGUCUGGCCAGGUAUGAGCCAAGUGAUUUUGCACAACUGGUCUUGCUCACCUAUGGAACUUUUUUUAGUGCUGCUUGAAUGUUCUCGUUUAUAAAUUGAACAAAGUUGGAGACUCAAUUUAAAGGAAUGCUGAAGCGGUCUUAAAUGUGAGAAGAAAUACUUGUACCUUGUUAACUAGGCUUCAGCCAUUACGAAUACCAUAUUCACUCAAUCUGUUUAUGUGCGGAUUAGCCAGAAAAAAGCCCUUCAAAGUAGCGCCGAAACCACACCCCUCCGAGGUAGAGAGGAGGAGGCCCAUCGGUCGAUGUCGCGAGGGGACCGGCUAGGGGACACCCCUGGGGCUGGCCGCAUUUUUUUCUUGUAGGCUGCUCAUGCUGACGUUCAGAGCCAUUGUCUUUCUUCCGCUGCAUAGGGCUUGCUUUCAUCCGUUUACCGGUUGUGCUAUUCGUUCAAUCGCCCGACAUGUUUAUUGCUCGCUUGUUCAUGGGAUUGUGAAAUUUCCGUGGCACUGAAGCGGCUAACUUCUAUUCCCGUGUAGCCGUCAGCUGCACAAACCGAGUUUGGCGCCGUUGCUCCUUGCGCUUACCACCCUUUUCACGCCGACACCGACAUGUCAAAGAUGUGGGUUCCGGCUAUGCAAACAGGAAAGUUUGGGCCCAACAAGCCCACAGUUUUCUAUUUGGAAUGUGUUUCAGACGGUGCAUACGGAAACAAUGUAGUGGUUUGGUUUUGAAGAAGUCUCGUCCGAACCCGACACUCUGCCGACUAUUAUAGCUAUUAUUUUAUUAGUUGUGAGGAGUAGGUAUACUGAAAAAAAACAAAAACGUAAGCAUGUUGCCGAAGAGUGGAGCUUCCGUCGGCUAUUUUGUGCUAACCGUCUGAUAUUAGUGUUGUUGUUGUUUUUUUAUUUCUUUCCGUGCCGCUGAAGAGGCCAUACUUCCCGAACUGACUCCGCUAUCCAAGAUUUUUUAUCUUUCUAAACAUCCUUGUUAUCUUAUUUAAAAGUGGUGGGUUUAUUUUGCAAAAAAAAAAAAAAAAUUGGACACACAAUUCAUUGUGCUACUUUCAUGGUGCAACUUAAUUUUAAACUUUUUUUUAUAGUUACUUGCUCAGGGCUUAUGGAAUUUUUUCCUUAAACAUAAACAUACAUUUUGUCAUAAUCUUUCUCUACUUUUUUUUUCCCAUCACAUUCUCCUCGGAGUGCUUUUUAAAAUUAAAACGUUUGCUACAUUCUGUUGCAAAUUUACCUUUUUUUUUCUUUUUUUUUUUUUACAAGUUAUGCUGUUUGUCAUGCCAAGAUCGUCCAGAGUCGUACACGGUUCAUUUGAGAACUUUAAAAUUGCCCAGUUUCUGUAAUAUUUUGCAAAAAUAUUAGCUUUGGUGUAAUCUAGUGCGUCGUGGAAUGGUUCUAUGCGGUGCAAGAAUGUCAUUGGACAGACGAUAACACACAGUGGUGGUCUAAUGCAGCCAAAAAUUCUUGAGACAUGUAUGUGAAUGUAGACGCCCAGAAAGCUUUCAUCACUAUCACGAGGAUUUUACAUGUGCUUCUUUAUUGCCGAUGUCAAACACGGAUGGCUCUUCUGCGGAAUUAUUCGUGUAGUCUAAUACCUCUGUGAGAUGGGCGCCUUGCAUGACAUUUACACUAAUGGCUUUUACGAUUUGAAAAUGACAUUCAAGAUGAACCAUUUGCUGGGGCGCCAACUUUACACAAACAAGGACAUUGCGCUGAUGCGGCCUCAUUUCGGGGGAAGCUCUCCUGUCGCUCCAGAAAGGGCUCUUUAGCUCCAGCGUUCGUGAACAAUGCAGCCUGCACACUCACGUGUCAUUGUCAAGCACAAAGGCCGAAGGGGGCCGAAUUCCUGUCCUCUUACAACCGUUUUGGGGAGAGCCACGGUAAUCAGGCAUGUCGCGUCCCGCCAACAGCACUCCGUCUACUGUCAACACCAACACUUUUUACGUUGCAAUAAGUAGCAGUUAACGUUUUGGCAUGUCUGAAGCGGCUAUGUCGCGUGGCUAUCCUUCGGCACAAGCGGCUCCUCGCAACUUCCUGCAUCACUGGGGGGUCAUUUUCUGCUCUGCCAACAGCUAGAAUGUAUGCUUUGUCAUGCCGAGGCUUCUCUGGACAUGUGCCCCUUUGGGAUAAACGAAAAUAUCUUAAAAAAUCGAAAUCCGAGCCCAAUUUACAGAAGUAUCCGCGCCCGACUACUUCCGCAAAUGACGGGGCAACCAGGAAUUGAGAGGGUCCUUUUAUGACAUUAGUGGCGCGUCACGCAUAACGAGCCAAUUGCGUGCCGCUGAAGCAGUCGGAUCUGUUCUGUUUGUUGUUGUCUUUUUUUUUUUUUUUUGAGGGGGGGGGGGGGGGGAAGGGGGGUUUAAGGUUUAUUUUGGGUCAAACGGUUGUGAUAUUUGAACUCGGCAGGCAUGAACAUAUUAAAAUCAACCAUUAGCUAAUUGUUGUUUUUUUUCGAAAACCUCUUCAGCUUUCCUUUAAGCGUCCAACAUGCCCAAAGCUACUCACUUUUGUGCAGUUUGAAGAUAGACAAGGGAACUCAGUUUCAGCUUUUAAAGUUAAAAUGGCUCCCAUAGGAACGUGAUAAUUAUUGCUUAAGGGGACGUGCACCAGGGGAAAACAUUUUAUUAUUAUUAUUAUUUACGAAAACUAAACAAAAAUUGCACAGUUUAUAAGUGCUUGAUCUUCUCUUGAUAAAUCAGGUACUCAAUUUUAUAUGGCUUGUUUUUGGUUUUUUUUUUAAUGUUCUGGAUGCAAUGCACAUGCAGAAAAAAAAAAACAUGUUCUGGUGUGCACGUGGGGCAUGGCAACACGCUUGCUUAAAAGAGCCUAGUAAAUUAAACUAAUUCCCUCAUUUUAAACCACUGAGUCCAAUGAACAGCAAAACUAAUGUGUGCUAGACUUUAUUUUAAAAUUAAAAAUCACAAGAAUGCCAUUUUUAAGAGGCUAACAAAAGUUUCUUGCAUUUUUCAUCAAUAUAAAAAAUGCACAUUCUAACCAAACCUAGAUAAUUUCAUUCUACGUAUUCUAAAAUAUAUGCAUGCCAAAUUAGGUUGUGAUGGACAAUAUUAAGAUCAAAAAUUCUUGUUUGCAAACUAUGUAGGUACUCCAAAAUUACAUAAAGAGAAAAAUAUGUGUGAAUAUUUCUAUAAAUGUGUAGUGAUGCUCUUUCGCGGCGGGAAAAACAAUAUUUUGUUAAUAUUUUUUUGUUGGAAAUUGAAGCUACAGAAGACCGAUAAAGAGGAGGCGGCUAGGCCUACUUCUCGACAUAAAUGUGAUGACUGGCGGUGUCACAAUUUGAAGAACCAUGCUCUUAAAAAUGGCUCAAAUUUAAACCAUUCGGGGUUGCUGGGAGUUCUUCAAAUGCGUACUUCGCUGAGUUUGCAAUCAUCACCAGGACUAAUAUUUUUAUACAUCAAAUAUGAAGAUUCAGAAAUAAUAAAACACUAAAACCUCAAAUCAUAUUUUUUUGCAAAAUACAGUAUGGCUGUUUUUUUUUUUACCCGCAGUUCAGCUUGUAAACUUGUUAAAAAAAAUGUGUGUAGGGUAUCUGCCCGAUGUGACAUGGGACAAGCAAGUGCCUACGCUAUUAUCUUGUGGUAACUGACAAUCACUGCUCAUUUACUUUUUUUACUGCACUUGUGUGAAUAAAAUACCUGGAAUUCUUCAACCGAAUUGUGAGUGCAUUUGUUGCUAUUAGAAACAGAAUAUUGACUAUCUUGAUGUAAAAGCCAGUUUAAAUGUAGCGGUUUUUUUUUUUUUUUAUUUUGCGAGGAGCAAUAUUACCAAAAACAUUGGCAUGUAGCAGUCAACAUGAAGCCCACACUCUGUGCCACCUGUGUUCUUAACUUUUUUGUGUACAGUGUCGAUCAAUUUUGUUACCCGAAUUGAAUAAAGAUUUUUUUUAAGCA